AGCAGAGGCCUGUUGGUCCACGGUCGCCCAAAUCAUUUUGGCCAAUCAGAACACUGAUCUUGAAUCAGGGGAGAGGAUAGGCUAUAGUGAAGAACAUGUCUGGUGCAGCAGCGAUGUUCGUGUUCUUAUUGCCGGGGAUUCCAAUGUCCAUCGUUUGAAGUCUGCAUGUCCUCCAAAUGCAAGGAUUGACUUUCUGCCCGUAUCUGGUGCAAAGUAUGUGUCUGACCGGAAGGGCUUUAGAAAGCUGCUGCAUCAAGAGCUGAUGUCAGGUUGUUACGACAUAUUGUACCUGCAUCUUGGCUCUAACGAUGUUUGCUGCAAGGAUAGCGAUUUCUACCUUUGUGUGACGGAGAUCCUUGAUGUUGUAUUCAGUGUGUGCACUGAAAUACACGUGGUGCUUUGCGUGAUUCUUCCACGUGAUUUUGAUGUGAGAAUGUUUCCCCGAUGGCCACUCUCAGGGGCACAGUUGAGGAACUACUGCCAGUGGAUAAGGAGCGCAAACAGCAUGCUGUGGGAACUGAGUCACCAUGUGCCUUCUGUGAGAUACAUGGACUAUGGAGCAACUAAACAGAAGUCCCUGUACUUGUCCCAUGAUGGACUACAUCUGAGUGCUGAAGGGGCUAGGAGGUGUUUAGCAUCCAUACAGGACGACCUGCCAAACCAGCUGUGUGUGGAGGCUGCUGUUCAAGAUCCUACAGAAUGGCCAGCUCUCUCAGCCACGGAAGUACCGGUUCAGGAGCAUGACAGCACCAUAGCACUCUUUUCGGAUAUUGUGCAGACUGGAGCUCAACCAGAGAUUCAAGACAAGGUGGAUGCAAGUGAAGUACCAGUUCCCAGGGACUUUAAGCCUCAGACACAUAAAAUAACGGUUGUCACAGCCAGAGCUAAGAGGUCUGCAACCAGAAAUGUCAAAGGUAUGGAAAGAAGCAUUAAAGGUCAUGCUGCAGUGGAUUUAUUUACCUUGACAUUACUGAAGAUGUGGCUGUUUUCCUGCCUGCAUACAAGUUGAAUGGCUUAUGCUUGAAACGCAAGAAGAUGGAAGUCAAGACUGGUAAGGUUAAAAGGGAGAAACCUACCAUGACGAAAAAGAAGAACAAACAGGUCCCUUGCUACAAUUGCCCAAACUGCAGGGUGUGCUGUUCAUCUGAAGAUGCCCUGCUCGACCAUUUUAUAACGAAGCAUUCAUCGUGGAAAGUUGAUAGGCCUGACACACUUUUCAAUCAGGAAGAUGAAAUCAACGUGCCAUCCAACAUCCAUUGCCACCGAGACACUGAAGAGACGCCCCAACAAGAUGACAACGCCGCAAAUGAAGAUCAAGUCAAUGUGCCAUCCCACUUCUUUUUCCAACGAGACACUGACGAGACGCCCCAACAAGAUGUAGACACUUCACAGCUUCUUCUUAUUCUUUCAAAUGACGUUGAACUUAACCCUGGACCGAUAUUCCAGACAAUACCGGUCCCUGUGGAAGCGGUUGACUCAAGCGAGAAGAUGACGAUAAUUACAGUGAAAAUGGACUGACCAUACACGAAAGACAAAGGACAUUAAAUAUUUACACAAAUUUUGCACCUGUAAAAUGUGACAUUCAUAUACGUGAAUGCUAUAAUUCAAUUAGUAAGCCAUGCAGAAUUCUUUGGGAUGAAGGGGACUUAGAUUGUUUACAUGUAUUAAGUAGGGAUACAGCAGCAGGAGAUGAAAUAGGGUGGGAUUUUGUAUCUAUGGUUAUGAAUUCUAGUUGCACUUUUUCCUCUUACUGCCAGUUUAAAAAUGAGAUGUAUAAAACUCGCCACAAUAAGGCUAGGUUUAUGGAUCAAACAGUUUUUUUUAAUUUUUGGUUCAGUUGGGCUUCAAACAUGAAAAUAGAUUUCCAUAUACCCUGUGGUGUAUGUGGUUAUGGUCCUAAGAGAUUGUGCUGUGAUGGUACAAAAGUAGGGGUUGGAUUUCGGAAUUCAAAUUAUGAGGAAAUUACAGAAACAAACCAUGCUUUGGGCAUUAAUAAUACGCUGCAUCGUAGAAUGGAUAGAUGUUUUUUUGAAAAUUUGAAUGAAAUUAAAGAGAAUAAAAUUAUUCCAGAGAGGGAUUUAUUGGACCGUAUCGAGUUGUUAAAACAAGCACUGCCCUCUGAAGUUUUGGGUUCCUUCGAAAGAUUUUAUCAAAUGAGUGAUAAUGAACGAGUUGCAUAUUCAAAUGUUUAAAAAAUGCUAGCCACAACAGCGUCCAUUACAAGCCUUGUACCCCCUGCAUAUUGUUACAAAAUUCAACUAUUAUUAAAUAGCCCCAAUAUUGAAAAUGAUCGAUUUAAUAGUAUUGUUAAUGAAACUCGUUCGUUUGCACCUGAACUAAGUGAUUUAAUUUGCGAGUCUUUAAUAAGCAACAAUGAAAUAUUGCCUGAUGACAUUAGAUUAUUUUUGCAAUAUCUAAUUAAUGAAUCAAUGUCAUUGCAAGUUACUGAACCAGAACCACCUGUACCUCAACUGGGCACAUACAAUCCUGAAAAGUUUGUAAGGGCCUAUUAUUUUAAUGAAUCUGGGUUAAAGUUAAGAAGUGUAAGAAAGUUUUCCAUUGACAAUGAUAGCUGUGUUAAAAGAAAUAUAGACCAUGACGAUACGACUUUAGAAUUUGAAAAAUGUCAAAAGCUUUAUUCCAAAGUUGAAACUUCUGCUCGAGGAACAUCAACAUUAUUUCUUUGGUUCUGUGCAGACCAUGGACAUUGCUAUGGUUUCCACAUGACUGGGGCAGAAGGAAGAAAAGAUCCCGCAUUAUCACUCUAUAGCUAUUUAGAAACCCCUCCACAAGACGUGUUUUAUGACUUUGCAUGUAAUUUACAAGAAUAUUGCCUAAACAGAGAAAGUGGAUACUAUAAAAAUGAACAUUUUUUUCAUGACAUUUUCCAUGGCUACUCCCACAAAUGUUCUCGUGCUUUUACAGCUAGCAGACUUCAAGGCUUUGAAUCUGUAAAUUCUGAAAUAUGUGAACAAUUCAACAGCUUUAUACAGUGCAUUAAAAGGUCGGCCCGUCAGAUGUCACAGUCACACUAUUGCUUUUACCUACAAUUCUUUUUAAAUAACUGAAUGGAAUAAGAAGAAAAAAUUAUCAUAUGAAAAAAGAUAAGAAUUGCUUUAGCUGGGUUAGUUUUAUUUGAUACUUAAAUGAUCUAUAAUUUUAAGUUCAUCUGAACUUUGAAUACUUACUGUUGCAUCUUUUGAUGCUUUUUAUACGCCCGUAUAAAUACGGGACGUAUUAUGUGAAACCCCUUGGCGGCGGGCGGGCGGCGGGCGGAAGGCAUCACUUUGUCCGGACUCUAAUUCAAAUUGUAUUCAUCCGAUCUUCACCAAACUUGGUCAGCAGUUGCAUCUAGUUGAUAUCUAGGCCAAGUUCGAAUAUGGGUCAUGCCGGGUCAAAAACUAGGUCAUAGGGUCAAUAAGUGCAUUUUCAAAGGGGCCACUUUGUCCGGACUCUAUUUCAAAUUGUAUUCAUCCGAUCUUCACCAAACUUGGUCAGCAGUUGCAUCUAGUUGAUAUAUAGGCCAAGUUCGAAUAUGGGUCAUGCCGGGUCAAAAACUAGGUCAUAGGGUCAAUUAGUGCAUUUUCAACGGCGCCACUUUGUCCGGACUCUAAUUCAAAUUGUAUUCAUCCGAUCUUCACCAAACUUGGUCAGAAGUUGUAUCUAGACAAUAUCUAGGUCAAGUUCGAAUAUGGGUCAUGCUGGGUCAAAAACUAGGUCACAGGGUCACUUAGUGCAUUUCAAGCAUUUAGCAUGGUGUCCACUCUCUAAUUGAAGUAGUUUUCAUCCAAUCUUCACCAAACUUGGUCAGAAGUUGUAUCUAGACAGUAUUUAGGUCAAGUUGGAAUAUGGGUCAUUCCAGGUCAAAAACUAGGUCACAGGGUCACUUAAACCAUUUCAAGCAUUUAGCAAGUGCUCUCUAAUUGAAGUAGUUUUCAUCCGAUCUUCAAUUUUCAAAGGGGCCACUUUGUCCGGACUCUAUUUCAAAUUGUAUUCAUCCGAUCUUCACCAAACUUGGUCAGCAGUUGCAUCUAGUUGAUAUAUAGGCCAAGUUCGAAUAUGGGUCAUGCCGGGUCAAAAACUAGGUCAUAGGGUCAAUUAGUGCAUUUUCAACGGCGCCACUUUGUCCGGACUCUAAUUCAAAUUGUAUUCAUCCGAUCUUCACCAAUCUUGGUCAGAAGUUGUAUCUAGACAAUAUCUAGGUCAAGUUCGAAUAUGGGUCAUGCUGGGUCAAAAACUAGGUCACAGGGUCACUUAGUGCAUUUCAAGCAUUUAGCAUGGUGUCCACUCUCUAAUUGAAGUAGUUUUCAUCCAAUCUUCACCAAACUUGGUCAGAAGUUGUAUCUAGACAGUAUUUAGGUCAAGUUGGAAUAUGGGUCAUUCCAGGUCAAAAACUAGGUCACAGGGUCACUUAAACCAUUUCAAGCAUUUAGCAAGUGCUCUCUAAUUGAAGUAGUUUUCAUCCGAUCUUCACCAACUUUGGUCAGAAGUUGUGUCUAGACAAUAUCUACAUGUAGGUCAAGUUCAAAUAUGGGUCUUGCCAGGUUAAAAACUAGGUCACGAGGUCCCGUAGUGCAUUUCAAGCAUUUAGCAUGGUGUCUGCUCUCUAAUUGAAGUAGUUUUCAUCAGAUCUUCACCAACUUUGGUCAGAAGUUGUGUCUAGAUGAUAUGUAGGUCAAGUUCAAAUAUGGGUCAUGGUAAAGUUAUCAAGUUGUCCAAAGUCUUAAAACGGGCGUAUCUUGUGACAGUUUGGCACUCUUGUUUCUAUUUAAAGACUGAGCGAGUAAACACAUACUAUGUAUUAUUAUGCAAUAAUUGUUUUGUGUUUAUAUCUCAACUGAGCAUAAAGUGCUCAGGGUGAGCUAUUGUGAAUGGUCUUGGUCCGUCAUGGGUCAACAUUUUCUACUUAAACAACAUCUAACCUCUGUGCCAAUUUUAAUGAAUCAUGGCACGAGUUUUCUUGCAUGAACCUCUAUCAAAGUUGUUAAAUGAAAUGCAUUCCAUGCAUAAAUCUGGUUGCGAUGGCAACCAAAAGGAAAGCUUAUAUAUUUGGCAUAAAACAUCGUCUGGUUGACCUCCUCCGUAAAUUUCAAAAGAUGCUAUACCCAACUCAAAGGCAAAUUUGUCCUUAUUUGCUCAUAGUGAACACUUCUUUUAAAGGGCCAGGAAGAGAGUUCAAGUUUAUAGACAAAAGCAACAGUCAGAUGAGCGAUAUAGUGUCAUCAUGGCACCUUUAUAGCUGAAUCAUUUAUGAAAAAUUGUCAAUGAUAUGUUCUGUGACUUGUAUGAUUUGCAGUAUUCAUUUCGCUGUCUUCAUGCACCUUACAAAAGCCAUUUUAUUAUCAGUGUUCCUGAUUCUGUUGUAGCAUUUAUUCUUGAAAUUCGUUAUUUUUCAUAUUUUUCCUAAUUGUUAUGCUCCCGAAAUACAAUUUCGCCGGAGCAUAUAGUUUCCAGUUUGUCCUUCCUCACUAGUUUCCCAUAGCACCUUCAAUUGUUUACCGAUCUCUUUCAUAUUUGGCAUGUAGGUACCUUGCAUGGACCUUAACCUUUUGAUGAGGUCACUGGGGUCAAGGUCACCAAGGCUAAUAAUAGAUUUUUCCGUCACACUUUUGUCACAGUUUCUCAUAGCACAUUCAAUACUUUAACGAUCUCUUUCAUAUUUGGCAUGUAGGUACCUUGCAUGACCUCUUCCUUUUGAUGAGGUUUGAGGUCACUGGGGUCAAUGUCACCGAGGCUAAUAAUAGAAUUUUUUAAGGUGGUUAUUAACACAUAGAUUGACAUAGCGCAUCAUCGGGGAGCAUCCAUCAGUUUCACUGAUAUUCUUGUUGUAUGUUAUAUACGUGAUCAUAGAUACUGUAAAUUUUGUCUUAUGCGACAGGUUUAUCAUGUAGAAGAUGAGUACCCUGUGUUUAUGCAGUGCCCAUUAUAUAACACAGAUAUGAUUUGUUUAUUCCGCAGUGUUUGAAUGAAAUGGAAACUUUGGUUUGUUCAAUAUGUUAAUGGCCGAUGAAAAUGACAAGCACAUAUUUUUGAUUGCAAAAUGUGUGUAUGUGCAUGCUAAUAUAUAACAACUACGUAAUUAUCAUGCAAAUUAGCUGUCAUUUUAAUUCUGCAUGCUUGUAUUGCAUUGUUUAUUUAUAUCUGAUAAAAAAUACUGAUUCUUAGGUUACUUUAUAAGUAUGUUACUAUUUUGCAUGCUUACAUGUUAUAGGUAGUUAAUUAUAAGGUAAUCCUUGUUUUGGUGGUAUUAUAAUGUAUAGCAGCAUUUGUUCUACGAAAGUGCAUGCGUGUUGCAUCAUAUGACUUUGUUUUCUUUAACUAUUCAGGUUAUUUUAUAUAAUUAUGAAAUUAAACUAUGUAUUAUGGCCCUGUGGCCUGACUGCAAAUAAAUAUUCGUAUUUGUAUACAGUUUUUGUAAUGUUAUGUAUGGUGGUAUCAUGUUGUUUCACUUUUUGAUCAAUAUAACUAUUAUGCAUACAA